UUGAACAGAACUUGUUCUACCAAGCCAUACGAUGCCACACGACUGCUCUCAGACCUUUGAGUGGGCCUAUGCUUCUUCAUGCUCAGAAUCUCCUGUGUCUUCAUCAGAUUCGUACAGCCUGUCUCCCGCCUAUGCACAUUUAGCUGUGCCAAAGGAAACCUUUUGCAACUACCAAUCCCAGGUGUGCAACAUGACUCCUCACCAAACACAGGAGUCACCACAGGGCUCAAGAAGAACAAGAUGCAGAAUGGUAGGUCCUCAGAGACAAAGUGCGAGUGAGCGGGAGAAAAUGCGGAUGAGAAACCUCUCUAAAGCUCUUCAAAACCUUAGAAGAUAUUUGCCACCUUCGGUAGUGCCAGUUGGCAGGACACUGACGAAAAUCGAAACCCUAAGACUCACCAUACGCUACAUAUCUCACCUAUCAAAUCUACUUGGACUUAAUGAAGAGGUGAUGAGCCACAGAAGAAAACCAGAGCUUGAUAUGCAGCCAAACUCAUAUUCAGAGAUGACAGACAGUUGCCAAGAUAUGACAUGCAGGGUCUACCAGCAACAGCCUCAGACUACUCUCUACCAUGAUGCAUCUUAUCAGUGCUCCAAAGCCACAUUCCCUUCCAUGCAACCUGCAAACAGACAUACAGAGCUUAAAGCUUGGGUACCCUCGUCUGAAUAUCACAGAAAAUCCAACUCAUUGAGCGAAUUCAGCCUUUCCUCACACUACUGCUCCAGACUGACACAUAUGUAUCAGCUUGAAGCCACAGAUUUGAAUUCAGUUGCUGCUCAGAUACCCAGAGAGAGCGACUCCAGCCUGUUAUUCUCAGAUGCGCAUUUUGACGUCGAUCAGUGGGUUAUAGACUAAAAGACUUUGGCAGAGAUGCUCGCUCCUCGAGGGGAAACACUUGGAAUGAACAUUUAUCAAACACAGUUUUAAUGAAGGCACCAGCAAUCCACUAGUAUACUGCUAAUUAAUCAUUUGCCUUUAAUCACUGAAUAAUCAUCACUGUUUUUUGCUCAAUGAUGAUUUCUAUUUACUGCUCUUAGAGGCAAACGUUAAGGGAUGCUGUUAUCGCAUAGUUAUUCCUUUUAUUAGAAUAGCAUUUAUUUGUUUGCACAAAUUUCAAUGGUGUUAGGGUAUUUUGAGCCCCAAAAAUGCUGAAUAUAACCCUUGCCUAUAUUUAUAUAUUCUAAAAAUCCAACACUUUUAUUUAUUCUGCAUCAGCUAAGCUUUAUUAUCUCUUUUAAACAGCCAAAGGCAACGCCACACUGCAGUGUAGUAAAUUAUCUUUACAGAUAAAGGGAAACUUAACACUUUUUCUUAAGGGACCAUUGCUCUGAAGGUAAAUCUAGACUUGCCUUAUAACAUGAUGGCUUCUGUUUGCCAGACCAGGGAACAGAAACAACACUCUCCCCCCCUGGAGGCACAACAAAGUGACAACAUGAGCCAAGUAAAAAUGUUCUUGCAAAACCUCUUGGAUUUGGGCAAACUGACAGCAUCCCUUUAAGUGGUCCAAUGUCUGUGUAUGACUGUCUUUAUUAUUACAUAUAUCGAUAUUAUUAUGCACAUUAAGGCACUUUAAUAGAUAUAGGUACCAAAGGAAUAGGUGUACAAUGCUUCUGUCAUGAAUCUGCACAUUUACAAUAGUCAGAUUUGAUGUGGUUGUUGUGAUGAGACUUUGCUGUCACACAGUUCUCCUGCCUCUCAGCUGCCUAGAGGUACAUACAUGAUGCCAAUAUCUGCCUGUGAUGCUCUAUAAGCAGCAAUAUGCAUUGAUUUGUGAGUGGGUUCAUUAAUAGUGGAAAUGGUUGUCAUCUGGUUUUGAAAGGAUAUAUGGAAAAGGAAAAAUGUAUCUUUGGGUCUCUCUCUUGCUCUCUCUCUCUCUCUCUCUAUAUAUAUAUAUAUAUAAAUAUGUAAAUGUUUGUGUAAUAUAUUUAUCUGUACAAAUAAAAGCAAGUUCCUGGC